UAAUUGUUGACUCGAGGAAAUAUUUGUUAAAUUUCUUCCAGCCGUAGCGCUUUUUCGGAUCCUUUUUGCUCCACGACGGGCCCAGGUUCGGCAUCAGGCCCGCCUUCUGAGCCAUCGUCACCAGGGUGCCCAUUUUCUUCUGCUGGCGAUAGCACAGGCCGGUGAUGCGUCUGGGCAGCAUGCAGCCGUCGGAUCGGACGUACUGCGACAGGAUUAGCACGUCGGUGUGCUUGACAUCCAGGCCCAGCGUGCAUUCCGGACAGAAGGUGGUCUGGCAGGCGGAUUUCAGCAAUUUCUCGGAACGCUCAGAGUCUAUAUUGACGCCCUCAUAGGUCCUCACAUUGUUUUCCUGUUUCUCUUGAACUGCAAAGAAUAUCGCUGCGGCGUGGUGGUGGCCACGCUCCGUGUCUGCCAUAAUGUGCUUCGGAGCGUGCUGAUAUUCGUAUUUACAAAAUAGACCACAGUAUAUCCCACACCAUAAUACAUUCACUUGGGAGAAAAUACCAAAAGCCGGACAGGGAGUUUCCACACCCGCGAAAAAAAUACCAGAUACGCAGAAAAUACCACGUACAACAAAGACGCCGCGCCGGUACGACCGAAUGAAAAAAAAAAAAUAUGUCUGCCUCAACUAGUAGCAAGAACACGCUUCUCUCGUCAAUCAUCUCUGGCAUACUGAGCCUGGUUCUCUUUGCCACGCUCCGUUUCUGCGCCGACUGGUUCAAUGGCUCACAAUUGAAUGUCUUGGUGGGCGGCUACCUCUUCUCCUGGCUCUUCAUCUUGAGCCUCACCUGCGUAUCGAAUGCCGAAAUGCUGGUAUUCGGACCAGACUUUCAGGCCAAGUUAGUGCCGGAGAUACUUUUCUGCCUGUCCCUCACGGUGGCCGCUGCGGGCAUUGUUCAUCGUGUGUGUGCCACAACAAGUAUUCUGUUCUCCCUGGUGGGUUUGUACUUUCUCAAUCGAAUCUCCAGCAAGUAUUAUUCCACUGCUGUGGUGCCUGUGGAUGCACCAUCGCGAAAGACUGCCAAGAAGUUCAAAUGAUGUCCACAACAAUCAUGAAUCGAAUCUAUAGCUUAUGCUUUAUGUACUAAUUGAUAACAAAUAAACUAUAAUUACACAUACACUA